CCUCACGGGGCCGUGCGGCGGGGUGUGGGGCCGAGCGGAGUGGGCUCUCAUUUAAUAUGGAAGAAGAUGAAUUCUUUGGAGAAAAAACAUUCCAAUAUCAUUGUGCAGAAUUUAUUAAACAUUCACAGCAGAUAGGUGAUGGUUGGGAAUGGAGAACUUCAAAGGACUGUUCUGAUGGCUACAUGUGCAAAACACAUUUUCAAACCAAGUCAUCACCUUUGGAAACAUUUGCCUCUGGGCAGGCAUGUCUUCCCAUGGAGGAGGCUUCCGAGCUGCCCUUGGAUGAUUCUGAAGUGACCGAGACUCCAGCAGCCAUGGACGUGAUUAAAUAUGAGUAUCAUGUCCUAUAUUCCUGUAGCUACCAAGCACCGGUGCUUUACUUUAGGGCAAGCUUUUUAGAUGGAAGACCAUUGACCCUGAAGGACAUUUGGGAAGGAGUCCAUGAGUGCUAUAAGAAGCGGCUGCAGCAGGGACCUUGGGAAACAAUUACUCAACAGGUUGGUGAUAAGGAGAAUAUUCAGCCACCAAAUUCAAAGGAACACCCAAUACUCGGGCAACCAUUUUUUGUACUUCAUCCCUGCAAGACGAAUGAAUUCAUGAUGCCCGUGUUAAAGAAUUCCCGGAAAAUCAAUAGCAAUGUCAACUACAUCACAUCAUGGCUGAGCAUCGUGGGGCCAGUCGUGGGGCUCAGUCUACCUCUGAGUUAUGUGGGAGCCGCCCCUCAGGAUGAAUGAAAUGGUGAUGCACAAGAUUCUUCUACUGAGCCCAGGGAUCUUCGAAACUCCAGCAUGAAAAACACCAAGACUUUACCUGGUCUGCCCUGGCUAACUAGGACCAAAGCCUCUACAAUAUUUCAACUCUCCAAGAUUGCGACAUAGAUUUUUUGUUUCCCCUUGAAGCAAAUGUCUGCUGCAACUGAUAUACUGUAUGUUUGGAAGAAAUGCCUCAAAGACACAAAUAUAAUUUUUGCUAUAAAUAACUGAAAAUGAGUCUAACUCAAUGAUAGAGACACUGACAUCAUCAGGGUGCUUCCGGGUCAUUCUUUUCUGGGCCAAGCACUUCACAUCUCAUUUUCUGAUAUGCAGGUUGGUAGAGAAAUGAAUUUGUGGAUUCAUUUUAAUAUAAGAUGGAUGAAAAUUAAAAUAUAGGAUUUACAUGUCCCCAGAAGCAAUGUCAUCAAACACGAUCUUGCUUAA